CAUAGGGCUUUAUUUGCAUUUUCUACAUGGUGGGUAUUGCUGGCUUCAACUGUUCACCAUGGAAAGUCAUUCUCCUUAUCUUGAUGAACAGAGGCAGCAGCCACUAAGAAUCUACUUCAUCCCAUUCCUCGCAGCCGGUCACAUUCUCCCUCUCAGCGACAUAGCAAGAGUCUUCGCCGCACGUGGCCACCACGUGACCAUCAUCACUACCCCCUCCAACGCCCAAAUCAUCCGCACCUCCACCCCCCACCAUCCCAACUUCCUCCUCCAUACUGUCCCCUUCCCCUCCCAAGAACUAGGACUCCCCGACGGCAUCGAGAACCUCUCAGACACCUUCGACGACGACACCUUCAUGAAGGUGUUCAACGGUAUGGACACUCUCCGUGAGCCCAUUGAACACUUUCUGGGCCGCCACCCACCCGAUUGUAUCGUCGCUGACUUCAUGUUCCCGUGGGUGGAGGACUUGGCCAACAAGCUCCGCGUCCCAAGGUUGGUCUUCAAUGGCUUCUCCCUCUUCGCCAUCUGCGCCGUCGAGUCCUUCAGGGCACACCCCGUCCCUCCCGAUGCUUCCCCUCCCUUUCUCAUCCAUGACUUCCCUCACACUGUCACCAUGAACGCAACCCCACCAACGCUUUUAAGGGAGGUCCUAGAGUCGACGCUUGAGGCAGAGCUCAGAAGCCACGGCAUCAUCCUCAACAAUUUCGUGGAGCUCGACGGAGAAGAGUACGUCCAGUACUACGAGAGAACAACGGGGCACAAGGUCUGGCAUCUUGGCCCUGCGUGUCUUCUUCACGGAACCGCUGAAGAAAAAGCGGAGAGAGGACAGAAGAGCGUGUUGAGCGUUCAGAAGUGCAUGAGCUGGCUCGACUCUAAGAAUCCAAACUCUGUGGUCUACAUAUGCUUUGGGAGUCUAUGCUGCUUCCCGGAUUGCCAGCUGUACGAGAUAGCAUGCGCGGUGGAAGCAUCGGGUUGUGAAUUCAUAUGGGUGGUACGGGAGAAGGAGGGGAAAGAGGAGGAGGAAGAAAUGAAAGAAAAGUGGCUGCCAAAGGGGUUUGAGGAGAGGAAUUCAAAGAAGGGAAUUAUCAUAAGAGGGUGGGCCCCACAGGUUUUGAUAUUGAGGCACUCCGCCGUGGGUGGGUUUUUGUCUCACUGCGGGUGGAACUCUACUGUGGAAGCCAUCAGUGCUGGGGUUCCGAUGAUAACGUGGCCAAUGCACUCGGAACAGUUCUAUAAUGAAAAACUGAUAACUGAGGUGCGCGGGGUUGGAGUGGAGGUUGGUGUAGACGAAUGGAGGUCAACUGGCUAUGGCCAAAGAGAGAAGGUUGUGGGAAGAGGUCGCAUAGAGGUGGCUAUAAGGAGGUUGAUGGAUGGUGGCAAUGAAUCCCAAGAAAUCAGAGUGCGCGCUCAAGAGCUUGGGAAGAAGGCUAGAGCUGCUGUUCAAGAAGGUGGCUCAUCCUUUAACAAUUUCACAGCCUUGAUUGAUGAGCUUAAACGUUUGAGAGAUUGCAAGCAUGAGGAUUGAUCAUCAAAGCAGAUAAAGGGAAUGAUAGGUACACUAAAAUUAACCAUCAAAAUCAAUCACUUAUAUAAAAUAUAUUUUAAAAUAUAAAAAAAAAUUAAAUCAUACAUAUAUUUAUAUAUAAAUAAAUUAAUAACCAAAUAU